UUUCCUAAUAUGCACUUUACGUUUUUUUUUUUUAUGUAGAUUUCACAGUAAAGUACAUCUCUUAAUAAUAUAUUCUUGAUGUAAGUAUUGUCUCGUGCAAUCGUAAUCAUGAAUCGUGCUGGAUCAUCAAAAGUCGUGCAACAUAACCUCUCUCCAAUGCUUCAGAGUGACCAGGAUCGCAAUUUUUGGCAACGCGAACCAACGCUUUAUAUAGUCAAGGCAAUGGUAAUUCUGGACAAUGAUGGCAAUAGGAUAUUAGCCAAAUAUUAUGACAAAAAUGUUUUUCUUACAACAAAAGAACAAAAAACAUUUGAAGAAAAUCUCUUCAACAAAACACACAGAGCAAAUGCAGAAAUUAUUAUGCUGGAUGGUUUAACAUGUGUUUAUAGAUGUAACGUAGAUUUGUUGUUUUAUGUUAUGGGAAGUUCUAACGAAAAUGAAUUAAUCUUAAUGAGCGUGUUAAAUUGUUUCUUUGAUUCAGUGAGUCAAAUUUUAAGAAAAACUGUUGAAAAAAAAGCUGUUUUAGAUAGCUUGGAUAUAGUCAUGCUAGCAAUGGAUGAAAUUUGUGAUGGAGGAAUUAUUCUCGAUGCUGAUGCUUCAAGUGUGGUUCAGAGGGUAGCAUUAAGAACCGAUGAUAUUCCACUUGGAGAACAAACAGUUGCACAGGUUUUGCAAUCUGCAAAGGAACAACUCAAGUGGUCUUUAUUAAAAUAAAAUUUGUAUACUGAAAAUUGUACGAAA